CCCCACUAUAUGCCUCCCCCACACCACAUGCGUGGUGUGCUGUACACUUAGCGGAGGGUAGAUGCUAGAAUCCGGCCCCCAGCUAUGCCCCCGAGUCUCCCUUCUUCCUCUCUGUGCUCCAUGCGGAAGACGUCAUCACGUCAUAUAGACUCCAUGCGUAUGCGGAGCCGGGGAGUACAGGCAGCAGCAUCAGGCCUCAGCCCCCGCUACCCUCUCUUCUCCGCCCUCCCUACACAGCCGGCCGGUAAGGACCGGUAAUUGGCAUUCAGGAGGAGAGAUCCCAGCAGCCUGCGGAGGAGCCGUAUGCAGAAGGAGCCUGCGGCCCGGAGCGUCCCAGCGGCCUCCAGCCACAGUCCGCCACAUACAGGUUACACUAAUGAACUGAAGUUUGAUGAAGCUUUAUUAAUCGUGAACAAUUAUCUUCCUGAGCCCAUAACUCUGCUCUAUGUCUCUGAUUAUUGCUAUCAGUGCCUUUUGCAGCCACUUCUGACUGUGCCAUCUGCCAACAACUCCCAGGCAAUAAACCAUACGGCUAUUAUCAGCACACAUUUCACAGUCUCUAUGCAGGUGGUGAAAGGAGGCGGAAAUGCUGUCCCACUGUGCAGCUGGAAACAGUUAUAUGGAGAACAUGGGCAUUACAUAGUUUCCGUUCAUUCAUCGUUCAAGACGCAGGACAAGGAAGCAGGGCAGUGUGACUACAUUGUGAGCAGAGCCCCCUCAAACUGCUAUCUACCCCUGCUGGUGGCAUUUGUCUGUCUGUUGUGUAUUUGGGGAUUAUACUAUUUUGCAAUAUACAUCUUCAGGUUGGGCUGCACUCAAAAGUUUACUCAGGUUUUUAAAAGGAAGACAUCCUGUGGAUCGGAUGCAGCUGUUAACUUGGAACAAAAAAAUGCCAAGGUUUCCAAACACAGACGCCUGCUCUCACUGGAUACAUUUCGAGGCUUCUCCCUGACUUUAAUGGUGUUUGUCAACUACGGAGGGGGUGGAUAUUGGUUCUUCCAGCAUGCUCCUUGGAAUGGUCUAACAGUGGCAGAUUUGGUUAUGCCCUGGUUUGUCUUCAUCAUUGGCACAUCCUUAGCUCUGGCUUUCAGCUCCAUGUUGAAGAGAGGAGUCCAUCGUUACCAGCUCCUGCGUAAGCUGACAUGGAGGACGUGCAUUCUUAUGGCCAUAGGAGUUUUCUUCCUCAAUUAUGGACCAGCUGACGGUCCAUUGUCCUGGCGUUGGGCACGGAUACCCGGGGUGCUUCAGCGAUUGGGUUUCACCUACUUAAUUUUGUCACUGAUGCACACCUGUUUCAGCAAGCGGGAGCUGGUGGAGAGCCAUCAAUGGAGUGCUGCCGUAAGGGAUAUUGUCGCGUACUGGCCAGAGUGGAUCAUCAUUGCAGCUCUAGAGACUGUAUCGCUGUGUCUAACAUUCCUCCUACCUGUGCCUGGAUGCCCCACAGGCUACCUUGGUCCCGGAGGAAUAGGUGACUACGGUCAGUACCCAAACUGCACAGGAGGAGCUGCAGGCUACAUAGACAAGUGGCUACUUGGAGCAGAUCAUAUCUUCCAUCACCCCACCUGCAAGGAACUGUAUAAAACGACGCAGCCAUUUGAUCCUGAGGGCAUUCUUGGAACCAUUAACUCAGUGGUUACUGCUUUCUUUGGACUGCAGGCCGGGAAGAUUAUUCUUUGUUACCGCAAGUCCCCACACAAGAUAUUAAAGCGAUUUCUGCUCUGGAGUAUCUUGCUGGGAAUUAUCUCGGCCAUCUUAACCAAGUGUGCAAGGGACGGAGGAUUUAUUCCCAUCAAUAAAAACCUCUGGUCUCUGUCCUUCGUCUCAACACUCAGCUGCUUCUCCUUCCUCCUACUGGGACUGCUAUUUUAUGUGAUUGAUGUGAGACACUGGUGGGGAGGACAGCCAUUCAUCUACCCAGGAAUGAAUUCGAUCUUUGUGUAUGUUGGGCACUCGCUCCUGGCCACAUAUUUUCCAUUUAACUGGGAAGUAAAGAACUGGACAUCUCAUGCUGAGUUCCUUGCUCAGGAUGUGCUGGGCACCUCCAUCUGGGUGUUCAUCUCCUUCUUGCUUUACAAGCAGAAGUUCUUCCUAAAGAUCUAACAGACUGGUGCCAAUCUUGACGCUGUGCAAGUAAUAGAAAUGCAGUAUAUACUUCUACAAUACAAUGUCAGUUUUUUGAUUUUCAGAAAAUUGCAGAAUAAAGAAUGGUGAACACA